AUUUGGGAGAUUCGACAGGAAUUUUUACAAUUCCAGUGUUGCCUUCUACUCGCCUGCUUGACUGACUGACGGUUGAGCAACAAACAGGGAGAGGGGCGGGGACAGGGGGGCGUCGAGUCAUGAAAAGAAUAAAAGAAACUCGAGACUGAUUAUCCGACAUUGCCGGAUUUCCGAAAUCUCCAAAUAUCCUUCGCUCGAUCAAAUUGCGAUUCAACGUUCUGAAAUAGUUUGUCCGAGUUGCUCAUCGUUUGUCGCGCCACGGCGCAGAUCCACACAGCACCGCUGGUGUUGUUAUGUAUUUUGUGUUGUAUAAAAAUGGUGGUUAUCAGCUGAUGCGCAAACCCGAUACACUCUUGAUGAACUCUCAUUUUAAUCAAAACAAUUGUGUCGCGACGACAGGAGCACAAGCCAGUAUCUAAUGGAUGAUUGUUACCUCAAAAGACUCAAGUUGUUUUACAUCGCGCCAUAUUAUCUGCCGUUAAUGUAACAUAAAUAUAAAUAAAUAACAAUUUUUGGAAAAACGGCUGUUGAAACUGACGUCACGACGUUCCCUACCGACAUUCGUUGUCUGUGACCUACGUUCAUCGAACUAACUUCGAUGAUGGGAGGAGCCCUUACUAUUGGACAGAACAAUGACGAGCUGGUCGAGUAUUUAUUGGAAACUGGCUAUGUCCGGAGAAAGGAGGUCGAACUUGUUUUCAGAGCUGUGGAUCGCGCCAACUAUUUGCUUCCUUUACACCAGGAAAGCGCGUACAAAGAUCUUGCCUGGAAACAUGGAAACCUCCACUUAUCCGCACCUUGUGUCUACGGAGUUGCAAUGGAAUUUCUGUCUCUUAAACCUGGACAGAGCUUUUUAAAUAUCGGUAGCGGCACUGGAUACUUUAGCACAAUGGCUGGCUUGUUUCUGGGACCGUAUGGCAUUAAUCAUGGCAUCGAAUUGCAUGAAGACUGUCUGGAAUAUGCUCGCGAGCAAUUGGAAAACUUCAAACAGAACUCCUAUGCUCUUGAAGAAUUUGAAUUCUGUGAGCCUUCGUUCGUACAAGGUAAUUGUCUGCGCGUUACACCAGGCAAAGAAUAUGAUGCGGUUUACUGUGGGGCAGCAGUUUCUGAAAGGAACGUGGCUGCUAUUAAACGGUUUGUACGAAUUGGAGGAUUGGUCGUGAUGCCAUACAAGGGUCGUUUAUGUUGUUUCACGAGGACUGACGAAAACGUGUGGGGAUGUAAAAGGUCCUUGAAAGUAUCAUUCGCCACAUUGGUCGUACCUGAUCCAGCGGAUCAGAAUUCAAUCACUCUGCCUGACAGCGAACCUCUGUCCCUCCAGGAACUAUGUAGAAGUACGGUGAGACAGAUAUUGCGUGAAAACGUUUGGACAGAGUAUCCGGAGCUCGAUAAGCGGUAUAUAAAUACUUCACAUCGUCGAACACGAAGCAAUUCUUUUUCCAAACAGUCCGACGACAGCUUGUCGAACGACGACGAUGACGAUGAUGACGAAGAUGAUGAAGAGGAGGAUGAUGACGAAGAUGAUGAAGAGGAGUACGAUGACGACGACGAAGGCGAAGAAAUCAUCCAUUACGAUCAUGAGUAUCAAAGCGCUGAGUUGGACCCGGAUUUCGUUGCUCGAACACGUCUUCUUUUCGAUAUGGCGCUAGAUACUGAGCCCACGAGUAACCCGCUACAGCUCAGCAGAGUCGCGAUGCUCGUGCAGCAGAGAACUGGCGCGGUAGGUCAGCGGGUUGGAGCUGCUCUAGACAGGAUAGCCGAGGAGAGCCGGAACGAUGAUGUUCCGAUGGGCGUUGGGAGCCCGAGCACCAACUUGGAACACAACGAGAGUUCCGGGAUGGCUGAAAACGAGGGCACAGAUGCUGUCUCUGUCGAUCGGAGCAGCAGUGAGGCUGUUCGUAGUCGGGGAAAACAGCCUGACGAGCGUACCGCGCGUCGCAGAGAGAGCGACACCGAGAGUGACAGCGAAGAUGAGCUGCCGACACAGUGGAAGAAGAUGGCAAAACGGGAAAAUUCGGACAGCGGCAUAGUCGAGGACGUCAAUGUCGCCUACGACGACAGUAGCUCGAGCUGGAGCGCUGUCCAUUCGUACUUAGAAGCCGACGACGACAGCAUGGACGUAGACUUGUCGAGUGUUGCGCUGAGAAAAACUUUCGAACGAGCUUGCGGUGAGAAAAAGUCCGAAGAUCCGGCCUUCGUUCAGGGCCGUUUGUUUAUUAAUUACUUUAAGGAAAAGAUACAAAUGCUACCAUUGCCGGAAACGAUGAAGAUAUACAUAAACCACAAUCGAAACCUAUAAAUAAUAACUGUAAACUACCGCCAUCAUUUGAAUACUAAAUCUUAUUAUAUAUAUAUAUUAUCUUUGAA